AUGGUUCUGUCGCAGAAGCUUCACGAGGCCUUCAAAGGGACCGUAGAGAAAAUCACAGGGCCUCGUACGGUCUCAGCUUCAAAGAAAAGGGUGUUCUCAGCGUCACCGAGUUCGUCACUGCUGGUGAUAACCUCGUCUCCAAGUGCCCCACCUGGUCUUGGUGAGCCAAGCAAGAGGAAGCCAUACUUACCACCAGAAAAGCAGUAUUUGAUUACUAGAAAUGUCCCUUGCUUACGGAGGGCUGCAUCUAUUGAAGAGGAGUAUGAAGCUGCUGGUAUGGAAGUUCUUCUUGAUAAUGAAGAUAAUGAUGGCUGGUUGGCAACCCAUGGGAAGCCAAAGGAUAGAAGUUGCGAGGAGGAAAACUUACCCUCCAUUGAAAGUUUAGAAAUCAGCAAGAAUAAGGCUGUGAAGUUGGCCCCUUCACAUGUUGGAGGGGAAGAUGAAGACGAUAUUCCUGACAUGGCUGACUAUGAAGAAGCUGACAACAUUGAAAUAGAUCCUGGAACUUAUAUUAUUGCUCAUGAACCUGAAGAUGACAAUAUUUUACGAACACGAACCUAUGAUGUCAGCAUUACGUAUGAUAAAUAUUACCAAACUCCUCGAGUGUGGCUGACUGGGUAUGAUGAGUCAAGGAUGCUUUUACAAGCAGAGCUCGUACUUGAAGAUGUCAGUCAAGAUCAUGCACGCAAAACUGUAACAAUUGAGGACCAUCCCCACUUGCCUGGAAAGCAUGCAUCUGUCCAUCCAUGCCGACAUGGAGCUGUGAUGAAAAAGAUUAUUGAUGUACUUAUGUCACGUGGAGUGGAACCAGAAGUUGAUAAGUACCUUUUCUUAUUCUUGAAAUUUGUUGCCUCUGUAAUUCCAACUAUUGAAUAUGACUAUACGAUGGACUUUGAUCUUGGCAGCUCCAGCAGUUAG